CGCAUCUCGGAUUUACUGCGCUCGGCAUAGCUGGCUGGACUCUGCAUGGCCUCCGACGCGUUGCUUGCUUUCACCGCCCUCGACGAGCUCAUCCAGCUCAUUUACCAAGGCGCGUCUCGCUUUGUCGUCAUCUCGCGCGUCGACGACCACGCUUGGACGCUGCACGUCGGUCUUUCCGCGUCCGGUUCCGCAGCAGAUGGACGAUGGUGGCGCGGACGGUGGACGGCCGAGGACAUACUCGGGGCCGUCGGAACGAAGUCGUCGACCGUCCAGGAACGUUUCGCAGAUGGACUGAGGGAUGCCUUUGUCGGAGGUCAGCUCCACAUAGAGAACUGGAGCUCUCACGCAGACAGAGGCGUACAGAUUAACGUGAGCUCGCGUUCAAUCCGUCGUCCAAGAACCCGACGCGGGUAGGGCUCGAGGAACUGUCGCCCGAAGAAGCUGCUGCCGCCGCCGCCUCCACCUUCACUGCGAUUGCGCUUCGAGCGCAAUCGCACAAGUGCCAACUCUACCCUUCGGCAGCUACUUCCUUGGCCACUGCAACUUAUACGCCAACACUGCCCUCCACGACUGCAGCGCCAUCCAAGCGUAAAGCAAGUGCGAGUCAGCCAACGGACAUUGCGCAGGACAAGGAAAAGGAGGCACCCGAGGCACUCCCGCCGAAAGCAAAUGCGCCCACGGACGAGCUCGACCGUCUCAAAUCUCGGCUCGCCUCUGCUCCACGAGCGGCCGUCCAGGUCAAACCGAAAAAUCCGUUGUCCCAGCGACUUCCAGCCGCGCACCACGCGGUGCGUCGCUCGCAAACCCGAACAAGAAAGCGCGCAAGGUGCAAGCUAUUGAAUUCGAGAGCGACGAGGAGUAAUUCGGCGUGCGUCUGAAUAAUGCGACUUUGUCAUCUUCCGCGCGAUUGCGAGAAAGGACGCUGCAGAUCAUUAUCACCGCUGCUCCUGCGAUUUCGAGUAUGAAUUAACGGGGCGCCACCAGGAGCAUGUCGAUUUACACUGGCCUGGCUCAUUCGUAUCUCUACGUACAGAACGAAGAUGCAUGAAGGUCGAUGGAUGUACGAGAGAUGUCCCGGUGUCAUCAGAUGGACUUGAGCCUCCUGGUGCCUCUUGACCCCCGAUUCCAGGAUUUACUGCCCUCAAUAGCUUCCUCUGGUCUGGUAUCCUCACGAAUGACUCCUGGCAUAUCCGAAAACGCCGCAGAUGCUUCAGCGUUGCGAUCGUUACGGACAUCGAACUCCUAUGUGCAUAAUCUCCGCCGAUCCCAGCCAUAUUCGUCUGCGAGUACUUCGGAAACCCAGGCCGAAAAUGGGCCGAUAUUCCUGGCAGCGGUCGUAUCGGGCGGAGAUAAGUAACGACGUUCACUGCAUCAUCGUUGGACGUUGGCAUUCGUUGAACUCGGGUGCCUCAGAAGAACGCUGGACAAAUGAGCCAUGUUCCAUCUCGUGGAGGCCGUCAACGAACUAAGGGGCGACUCUCACCGUGUAAUAUUAUACUCUCACACACUCACAUGGCUCGCAUGGGUUCCUCGCGCUCCAGGACGCUUCUGAUUUCAUCCUAGUCAACGUUUCAACAACCCUGGGCCUAUCUGAUUACAAUUUCGUGCUAUCUGAUAAGAUCAACAGGCUGAUAGCGGUUCCGUGACCAUCCGAUCUUUACAACGCUGAAAACGAUACACGUAUUAGCCGGAAUAUAUCUUGCUCCUCGGGUUGAGUUGUGCCAAGAAUAUAUCCGCUUCCGUGUCUUUCAAGCAAUGCCCGUGCCUUCGGUGGAGGCGCAAAAUCUGAAAGCGUAGACACUCCUCGGUGCUGCGGCGGAGCUCAUUGAGAAG